UUUCUACUGUUCUUUGCCGAACAUCUUCGUCUUCCCUACUGCCCCGCAACCAACCUUUCUCUUGCGGACCUUCCAAAAGCUUCGCCAUGGCCAUCCCCGAGCCUGUGAAGGGCUAUGUAUCGAUUGUAGUGGAAGAGGCGACGGGCAAAACGCAGCGGGACCAGUUUACUUGGGAUACAAACGCGGGAGCUUUUGAGGCGUUCGUCAAAGUGGAAGUUCGCGGGGGCUCGCGGAACGUCAAGGCUCAAACGCGGAAGGCCCCGCUGAUUGGCGACACUAUUACAUGGCGCGAGGAGCUACGCAUGGAGCUGCUGGAGGGGUCGAGCGAGCUGCGGCUGAUGCUCUGUCGCGAGAAGUUCCAGGGCAACAAGAAGGGGACUUCGGUCGUGGCUGCCUGCGGCAUCUACGUGAACGACAUCCUGGAGGCGGUGCCCAUCGACAAGUACUUUGAGCUGUUCAAGCCCAACGCGGGCGGCGAGGGCGGCUUCAUCCGCAUCCGCAUGAACUUCGCUCGCGACCUGGCGGGCCUGGACGCGCCGCGCCAGGAGGCCAACCUGCAGCCCAACGUCACCUUCGGGCAGCCGCCCAACACCAAGGACGCCGCUGGCCGCCUGCACGGCGUGGUGUCGCCAGAGACGGUGGAUGAGGUCGCGCGGCGUGUGGCGACGCUGGGCACGGAACCGGAGUCGGCGGGGCCAGCAGGGGCCAAGAAGAAGGGCGGCAAGAAGAAGGUGUUCAUCCCGCUGGCGAUUCUCACGGCGGCCGCGGGCAUAGCGGUACCGCUCAUCCUCAAGGCGACGCGCAAAUAAGGAUUUGUGGAGAACCUUACUUAUGCAUAUACGUUGGCUGGCGCACAGCACUGGAACCCGGUCUAGCAAUGGAAAUGGUGUAGCGGCGGGAGAAGGGGUAAAUACAUACGAGUCGUCAUGCGUGUGGGGGUUUCAAUUUUGCGGUAGGUGAGUGGAGCGCCGGAUGUGUGAGGUUUCCGAAUGACAGAAACUGUGAUUGCAAGAGGAGCUUUACAGACAGUGCACCUAUGUUGUCAUGGGUUGGUGGGGGCGCUGUCGGACAGGUACACUCACGGUCUCGCGAACUGCGGACCGAAAGAGGGAGAGAGCGCGGCUGCGCCUGCAUCUCAGGGACGCACUGUAACUGAAGCACGAA